AUGAGCAACACCUGGCAACCAACCGAACAAGGACUCUCUGACCUUUUGCAGCUUUUGCGUGAAGCUCUUAACCCAAGCGACAGCCAUGCUGUGCAGCAGAAAUUGGAGUACUUUAAUAAGAUCCCGGAUUACAACUCGUAUCUGGUUUAUAUCCUUACAAAGAUGCCUCAAGAAGAUCAAUAUGUGAGAUCCGUCGCUGGUCUUACUCUCAAGAACAAUAUCCGUGGACAUUAUCCCACCAUCAGUCCUGAAGUGGUGGAUUAUAUCAAGGAAUGUUCGUUGGAGCAUAUCGGUGAUCCUGAGAUCGGCAAGGCUGUUGGUAUUGUGAUUGCAGCCAUCGUUGAACAUGGUCAUGUACAAAACUGGGUCCGAGCCUUGGAGGUCUUGAUGGCAAAGCUCGAUGAUCCUAAUCCCACUGUUGUCGAGAAUGCAUUCACCACCCUGCAAAAGAUUUGUGAGGAUUGUUCACGUGAACUUGACCAAAGUGUCAAUGGUGUUCAGCCAUUGGCGUUCAUGAUCCCAAAGUUCAUCACUUUCUUUGCUCAUCCACAAGAAAAGUUGCGUCUCUGUGCUAUCAAUUCGACCACUCAAUUCAUCACUUUACGAUCUGCUCCUCUCAUGAACAACAUGGAACCCUUCUUGACGGCGCUCUUCAGCCGUGCCACAGAUGAUAGUCUUGAGGUUCGCAAGGCCGUUUGCCAAGCUUUGGUCAGCUUGCUUGAAAUGUGCUCAAGUGUCUUACUCCCUCAAAUGGCCAACAUUGUCGACUACAUGCUCUACUGCACCCAAUCGGAUGACGCUGAUUUGGCCCUGGAAGCGUGCGAAUUUUGGCUUGUGUUUGCUGAACAAGAUGAUUUGCGUGAGCACUUGCGACCUUUCCUCCCACGUGUUGUACCCGUGUUACUCAAGGGCAUGGUGUAUUCCGAAAUGGACUUGCUUACAUUGGGUGGUGACGAGGACGAUGCCCAUGUUGCCGACAGCGAACAAGAUAUCAAACCCCGUCAUCACAAGGCCAAUGUCAUUGAGAAUGAGCAUGCCGAAAAGCCUGAAGGUGCCGGUGAUAAGCAAAAGAAUGGUGCCGACGACGACGAUGAAGAUGAAGAUGAUGAUGAUGAUUAUGAUGAUGAUUUGGAUGAUGAGUUUUAUGGCGAAUGGAACUUGAGAAAAUGCAGCGCUGCUACAUUGGACGUUUUGUGCACAGCAUUUGAAGGCGAAGUGAUCCGAUUACUGAUGCCUCUUCUCAAGACUGAGCUCGAAAGCACUGAUUGGUUACAUCGUGAAUGUGGUAUCCUUGCACUUGGUGCUGCUGCUGAAGGUGGCAUGCAAGAAAUCGCUCCUCAUCUUCCAGAGCUUGUUCCCUAUCUUUUCACAAAUCUUAAUGAUCCAAAGCCCCUUGUUCGAUCGAUUACAUGCUGGACAUUGGGUCGUUAUGCAACAUGGAUUCACCAGGCCAAGCACUUUUUAGAACCAUUGAUCCAGAACUUGUUGCAACGUAUACUAGACAACAAUAAGCGUGUACAAGAAGCAGCAUGUUCAUCGUUCUCACUCCUCGAGGAAAGCGUUACCGUUGAUCUUGUUCCAUAUCUUCAUCCCAUCCUUGUGACGCUUGCCACAGCAUUCGACAAAUAUCAACAUCGCAACUUGUUGCUCCUUUACGACACUGUGGGCACUUUGGCCGACGUUGUUGGUGCAGCAAUCAAUCAGGAACAAUUCAUCAACAUCAUUAUGCCCCCACUUAUCAAAAAAUGGCAAGAGAUUCCCGAUGACAGCACUGAUCUUUUCCCCUUGCUCGAGUGCUUGUCAUCCAUUACGACUGCUCUUGGCAUUGGAUUCAAGCCUUUUGCACAACCCGUCUAUGCACGAUGUGUGAGCUUGGUUUGCAAGACCAUCGGAGAAUGCCAACAGGCCGCCAACGAUCCCUGUUUAGAAGUUCCCGACAAGGAUUUCAUGAUUGUUGCUUUGGAUUUGCUUUCUGGUAUCAUUCAAGCCUUGAACACGGACGCUGAGCCUUUGGUGGCUAGCACCAAUCCUCCCGUGGUCCAAUUCCUUUCUAUUUGUGUUCAGGAUGAAGUGGCCGAAGUACGUCAAUCCGCAUAUGCUGUUCUUGGUGAUUUGGCCAUCUCUUGCUUUGAGCAAAUCCGUAACGUGGUGCCCCAAUUCAUGCCUCAUAUCGUGAGCCAAAUUGAUCCUCAAGCCGAACAUGUAUCUGUGUGCAACAAUGCAACAUGGGCAGCUGGUGAGAUUGCUAUCAAAUGGGGACAAGAGAUCCAACCUUAUGUGGAUCCCAUGCUUCAACGAUUGUUCAUGUUGAUUGUUAAUCCCGCUAUCCAGCGCACUUUGUUGGAGAAUGUUGCUAUCACCAUUGGUCGUCUCGGUCUGGUUUGUCCUCAAAUUGUCAGCAGUCACCUUCACGUAUUCAUCAACCCAUGGCUCAGAGCCCUUGUACCUAUUAUUUCCAACGAUGAAAAGGCAUCAGCAUUCAGUGGUCUUUGUGAAAUGAUUAAGAUCAAUCCUGAAGGCGCCGCAAAGGAAAUUUCUCACUUUGCCAUUGCUGUGGCUACCUACGCUGAACCACCCCCUGACUUAGCACAGUCAUUUGGACAUAUUUUAAGUGGAUACAAGAACAUGUUUGGUGAAGAACAAUGGCAACAGCUGAUGCAAAGCUUUGAACCAAAUGUACCAGCUGUAUUACAGCAACGAUACGGUGUCUAG